AUGGCCAAGUGUCUAGUGGUGCCCUAUUCCUGUUCCUCUACUGGAACUAGAAGUAGAACAAGAAGUAGCGGUAGCGCUAGCACUAGCAAGCCACCUGGACUGCAAGUACAAUUGCAACAUCAUCAUCUCAAAUAUUCCUUGAUCCAACAAAAAUCUCUAUCCGUCUCCGCCCAAUGCUACUAUAAAACCCACACCUUGCUUCGCCGCCGAAUUCUCUGCGCUCUCGACUCUGACGUCCCUCACCCUCUUCAUCAUCAGGUUCAGAGCAAUAAAAGUUUCGAGCAAUGGGACUCCUGGACAGCAAAAUUCUCUGGUGCAUCAAAUAUCCCAUUUCUGUUACUGCAAAUGCCUCAGAUCAUACUCAAUGCCCAAAAUCUUCUGGCAGGAAAUAAAGCUGCACUUUUGGCAGUCCCAUGGCUGGGAGGGAAUGUUGUAAAUGCAGGGAAUGUUUACUGGUUUGCUUGGAAACCUUUCACUGCUUUCAUAUUUGCAAAGAAGAGAGAGAAGGAGGCGAUUGUGGUGCAGACAUUGGGCGUAAUUUCCUUAUAUGCGGUUUUUGCUCAACUUUCUAUGGCAGAAGCGAUGCCUCUACCUUACUUUGUGAUCACCUCCGUGGUUGUGGCAACUGGUCUUGUUUUGAAUUUCUUGAAUUACUUUGGUCUGCUUAAUGCUGGAAUCUGGCGCUUCUGGGAAGAUUUUAUUACUGUUGGCGGGCUAUCAGUUCUUCCCCAAAUUAUGUGGUCUACGUUUGUUCCGUAUAUACCCAACAGUAUCUUGCCUGGUGUAUUUGCUUUUCUUGUUGCUCUGGUGGCUGUUAUUAUGGCGCGAUUGGGGAAACUCUCUGCAAAAGGCAUCAAAUUUGUUGGAGCUAUAUCUGGAUGGACAGCUACACUUCUUUUCAUGUGGAUGCCAAUUUCGCAAAUGUGGACAAAUUUCCUAAAUCCUGACAACAUCAAAGGUUUAUCAGCUUUCUCGAUGUUGCUUGCAAUGAUUGGAAAUGGACUUAUGAUCCCACGUGCCCUUUUUAUUCGUGAUUUUAUGUGGUUCACUGGUUCUACCUGGGCUUCUUUGUUUUAUGGAUAUGGGAAUAUCGUGUGCUUGUAUUGGUUCAACAGUAUCAGCAAGGAAUUUUUCUUAGCAGCAACAGCUGGUUUGAUUUUGUGGAUAGGAAUGGCUCUAUGGAGAGAUGCUGAUGUCUACGGAUACAACUCACCUUUCACAUCUUUGAAAGAUUGGGCAAGAGUUAAGGACAGCUGCGUGGAAAUUUAUUCCUCACAGUGGCAUUAA